CGGUUAUAAUAAGUUAGAAUCACUAAGUUCGGGAACAUUCCAGGAUCUGGGAAACAUAACGGACCUGAUACUUCGGAAUAACUCUAUCAGCAUGAUUGAGACUGGGGCAUUCAGUGGACUCGACAAAAUCACCGGCAUAUCUUUUACGGACAACAAGCUAACCGAACUCCGUAAAGGAAUGCUCGAUGGACUUUCUAAUGUGUAUUGGAUAUCAUUCCGACGUAACCCAUUGUCGUAUAUCGAGCCUGGCACUUUUGACCACACGACGAAAAUCGAAACCUUAGUGUUGGGGGAGGUCCAUCUUACCCAUCUUGAACCAGACAUGUUCAGGGGACUCGGGAAUAUCCAACAGCUCUCCACGGAUGACUACCGUCUCUGCUGUCUCUUUGACAGUGCCUAUACAUGCUCAAAAGUUGAUAUUUCCUCACUAGACUCCUGCACCAGACUCAUGCCUAACAGCGUCCUGCGAAUCGCCUUGUGGGUGCUCGGGUUCGGCGCCCUCUUCGGCAAUACCAUGGUAAUUUUCAUCCGAUGCCGCAAUAAGCGAUCGAACACGAGUAAUCAUCAGCAGGUUUUUUUCAUCUCGAACUUAGCCAUCGCUGAUUGGUUCAUGGGCAUUUUCAUGAUCAUUAUAGCAUCAGCCGAUACCUAUUACGGGGAAUACUACUUCCUCAAAGCGCCGGAAUGGAGAAGCUCGGGUCUGUGCAGGUUCGCAGGUGCCCUUGCCAUCCUGUCAAGUGAGAGCUCCGUGUUUAUGUUGACAAUAAUCACCGUCGAUCGAUUCCUGAAUGUGGUGUUCCCGUUCAGCAGAUUCAAAUUCCACUCCGAGUCGGCGCGCGUUUGUGUCGUCAUCACAUGGGUCAUCACAACCAUCCUCAGCUUGGGGCCCGUCCUGAUUGGGUCAUUCGUGACUGGGUUCUACGGGCUAUCCGACGUCUGCAUCGGUCUGCCCCUGAGCGUGGAUUCAACAGGGACGAGAACUCGAGUCUGGGAUCGCAUCGAGGGCAUCUCUAUCUUUCAGUCCAACAAUGAUGGGAGCCUUCAGCCAUCUUGGAUCUAUUCCAUAGUACUUUUCCUGGGUAUCAACCUCAUCUGCUUCUUAUUCAUCCUCAUCUGUUACAUCAUCAUUUUCGUCCAGGUGAGGAGAUCGGCAAACAGCAUCGGGAAGGACCGCAACACGGGAUCCCCGCACGACCAGGAGGUGAGAAUGGCCUUCAAGAUGGCCAUCAUCAUCGGCACUGAUUUCUUGUGCUGGAUGCCAGUCAUCAUCAUGGGGAUCCUCUCUCAGACCGGGCGGGUCGAGCUCCCCGUCUCUCUCUACGCCUGGUCGGCCGUCUUCAUCUUGCCCAUCAACUCUACCUUGAAUCCUUACCUCUACACAUUCACGGAGUUCAUCGGUCAAAAGAAGAAGAGGGCUAAUGAGAGUCAGAAGUCGAUGAAGACAGUAAGUACAACGGUUGCAAAUAAAAGCAGCGAACACGACACCAGAUUAUAGAUUUUGUUUCUUCUCAUGGUGUUGAAACACAGUUUGAUCUCAUGUUGGUUAAAUAAAUUCCACAAAAUGACAUGUCAGCUCGAAAUCCUAAAUAUAUAAUUAUGAAUAAUGCAAGUGUGUAA